ACAUUUUGUCAGCAACCAGCAAGCAUGGCUCUGUGGUAAUAGAAUAGCCCGUGUAAUUUGACACUUCAACUUGCCGUGCACUACGUUAGUUGAUUCAGACAGUCACACUAACGAAACGCCGUGCGCUUUUCUCUCACUGUUUGUGAAGUGUUGAGGGAAGAAAACAGAUCGCAACUUCAAAUCCAGGAGAUUUUCGGCGCCGUGCUGUGAUUGGACCUGAAAGUGCGGUGGACCCUAGUGUAGACGGGAGCUUGCAGAGGGACCUUCCCCACAGACUAUAUGAAGGGAGGGGAGGGGGAGGUGGAGGGGGGGCUGCUGACGUUACUCCCAGCUUGCAGAACACACAGAUCACUUCUAUGAUUGAUGAGGAUAUGUGAGUGAAUUUGCCAAAUACUGAACAAAGAAAUCUACUGCAUCCUCCGAGAGAAGAACUUUAAUGGCUUCCAGGUAGAGAGAAGGAGGCAGCAGUCAAGAUGAACUCGAUUCCUUCGAUGGACAGGCACAUACAGCAGACCAAUGACAGGCUGCUGUGCAUCAAACAGCACUUACAGAAUCCGGCCAAUUUCCAGACAGCGGCCACGGAGCUACUGGACUGGUGUGGAGACCCACGAGCCUUCCAGCGGCCAUUUGAGCAAAGCCUUAUGGGAUGCUUGACGGUUGUAAGUCGUGUGGCAGCGCAGCAGGGUUUUGACUUGGACCUCGGCUAUCGGCUCCUUGCCGUGUGUGCGGCAAACCGCGACAAGUUCACCCCUAAGUCGGCAGAAACCACCACCUGCAGGAGAUGUCAGAGUGACACAGCUCUCCUGUCGUCCUGGUGUGAGGAGCUGGGACGGCUGCUCUUGUUGCGGCAUCAGAAGAAUCGUCAGAGCGAUCCACCGGGCAAAGUACCCUUGCAGCCGCCCAUGAACUCCAUGAAGCCCUCACUCUCACAUGGUGAUGGGUCCUUUCCAUAUGACAGCGUCCCCUGGCAACAAAACGCUAACCAGGCCCCGGGCUCGCUGUCGGUGGUUACGACGGUGUGGGGAGUUACCAAUACAUCACAAAGUCAGGUCUUGGGUAAUCCCAUGGCCAAUACUAACAAUCCCAUGAACUCUGGAGGCAAUGCACUAGGUACGGGUAUGUCAGGCAACAACCCAGGGAUCAACUCACCUCAGUUCCCUGGCCAACAACAACAGUUUUCAGCCAAAGGGGGAUCCAACCAGGCCUACAUGCAGCAAAGCAUGUAUGGGCGUCCAGGGCACCCGGGAGGAGGAGGCUUUGGUGGAAGUUACCCAGGUGGGCCGAAUGCUCCAGGUGGCAUAGGCAUGCCCCCUCAUACACGACCGCCCUCUGAUUUCACCCAACCUGCUGCUGCUGCCGCCGCCGCCGCCGUCGCUGCUGCCGCCGCCACCGCUACAGCUACUGCCACAGCAACCGUGGCAGCCUUGCAAGAGACAAAUAAAGACAUGAACCAGUACAACCAGGUCUGCUCCUCUUUCCAGAUGGGGCCUACGCAAGGCUACAAUAACCAGUUCAUGAACCAGCCAGGGCCCCGUGGGCCCCCGUCCAUGGCUGGAGGCAUGAACCCAGCUGGUAUGGGUGGUGGCAUGAAUAGCUCCAACAUGAGUGGCCCGCCAAUGGGUAUGAACCAGCCCAGAGUCCCAGGGAUGCCCUUCGGUGGCCACGGCCAAAGGAUGCCUCAACAGGGUUACCCUGGACCCAGACCUCAGUCCAUGCCCAUGCAGGGCACCAAGAGGCCCUAUCCAGGAGAGCCUAAUUAUGGAGGCCAGCAGUUUGGACCCAAUGGCCAGUUUCCCAACCAGCAAGGGCAGUACCCUAACCCAAAUGCUUCUAGAGCUCUUCCUUCACCCAAUUACCCUGGGCAAAGGAUGCCAGGACAACAGGGCUCUGGCCAGUACCCCCCUACUGGAGUAGCCAUAGGCCAAUACUAUAAGCAAGAGCCAUUUAAUGGUCAGAACAACAAUUUCUCUGGAGGUGGUUAUGGGUAUAAUCAAGGAAAUGGGCCUCCUCGGCAGGUGGUGAACUACCCACACUCGCCGGUUCCUGGGAACCCCACGCCACCCAUGACCCCAGGAAGUAGUAUACCGUACAUGUCGCCCAGUCAAGAUGUCAAGCCCCCGUUUCCUCCAGAUAUGAAGCCAAACAUGACGUCUCUGCCUCCACCUCUAACCAACCCCAACGAGGAGCUGCGUUUGACGUUCCCAGUGAGAGAUGGAGUGGUGCUGGAGCCCUUCAGAUUAGAGCACAACCUGGCCGUCAGUAACCACGUCUUCCAUCUGCGCCCCUCCGUCCACCAGACGCUCAUGUGGAGAUCUGAUCUGGAGCUGCAGUUUAAGUGCUAUCAUCAUGAGGACCGACAAAUGAACACCAAUUGGCCUGCAUCCGUCCAAGUCAGCGUCAACGCCACCCCCCUCACUAUUGAGAGGGGCGACAAUAAAACAUCCCACAAACCCCUGCACCUAAAGCAUGUGUGUCAGCCAGGGAGAAACACCAUCCAGAUUACGGUCACAGCCUGCUGUUGUUCGCACUUGUUCGUGCUGCAGCUGGUCCAUAGGCCAUCGGUGCGAUCAGUUCUGCAAGGGCUCCUCAAGAAGAGGCUCCUUCCUGCCGAACACUGCAUUACCAAAAUUAAAAGAAACUUCAGUAGCGUAGCAGCGUCCUCUGGGAAUGCCACACUAAAUGGAGAGGAUGGAGUAGAGCAGACAGCCAUCAAAGUGUCCCUCAAGUGUCCAAUCACAUUCCGACGGAUCCAGCUCCCUGCUAGGGGACAUGACUGCAAACACGUGCAGGUACGCAUCGUUGAAGUGUUCUUAAUCAUUAAAACAGCAUUAUUGGAAGGGCUGGAGGUGGAUCAGUACAUGUGGGGAAUUCUCAAUGCAAUUCAAAAUUCGGAGUUUGAAGAGGUCACCAUCGACCCUACGUGUAGUUGGAGGCCGGUGGCCAUAAAGUCAGACAUUCAUAUAAAGGAGGACCCAGAUGGCCCUCUGGCCAAGCGUUUUAAAACCAUGAGUCCCAGUCAAAUGAUCAUGCCUAAUGUGAUGGAUAUGAUCGCCCAGCUGGGUCCCGGCCCUUCACCCUACACCCCCCUCCCCCCUCAGCACGGAGGAAACAAUGGCGAAUAUGGGGGCCAAGGUAGAGGCAAUAGUUACCAGGGCCAUGGAAACUUUGACUUCUCUCACAGUAACUCUGGUGGCGGAGCUCCCAUGAAUGACUUCAUGCACGGACCCCAACUCUCACAUCCUCCAGACGUGCCCAACAGCCUCAUGGCUCCCGACAAGCCUCUCGCCCACAGCAUGCCCGACUCGAUGCCCCGUCCCGUGAGCGCUGAUCAAUCCCAUGCUUCCAUGCAGCCAGGCAUGCACGCAGUUCCUCACCCCAACAGCCAAUCAGCUCAGCCAUUGCAUCACACCGGCCCCCCAUCCUCCCAGCCCCCACGCCAGCCCCUGCCCCCCCAGCAGCCAGGCCAAAACAGUCACCCACAUGCCGACAUGACCUUCAAUCCCGCCGCCGAUGGGCAGGCAGGUGGCCAGGGACCUGCAGACAUGCCCGAGCCUUCUCUGGAUCUUCUGCCAGAACUGGCGAACCCAGACGAGUUGCUGUCAUACUUAGACCCUCCUGACCUCCCAAGCAGCAGCAAUGACGAUCUGCUUUCCCUUUUUGAGAACAACUGACUUUAUUCAGUCGGCCUUUUGCGGAGGUCCUAAUUUGUUUGGCUGUCAGGAAUCGAGAGGCACCUGAAGACUGACUCUGUACUUUGCAAACAGGAAACAGCCAUCCUUUUGCCUCUUCCUCGUGUAAAUAUCUCACUCUUUUACAAGCAACUUUUUCCACACAUAUAUGGCAGCCAUGUUGGUUGGCAUUAAAGUGAUAUCUUUCAAUACUAAUGGAAAUACAUGUGCAGCUAUAAUCAGUUCAUAUGAAUACGUCACACAGAACUGUGUGUGUGCUCACUAGGAAAGUAUUGUAGCAUUUUUAAUUCAGAUUUUUUUUUCCUUUUGUGAAAAGAAGACCUGAAUAGAAUAUAUAUAUAUAUAUAUAUAUAUAUAUAUAUUUCUUCCUGUACCGGCCUCUGUGUGUCCGCAAUCUCUUGAAGGUUUGUUCUUCCAAGCUCUACCACCACAGCUUCCCAAGUCCUUGUCUGCUGGAUGUCCACACUGUUUGUCUGUCCAUCUCCCUCGAAAAAGCACAAGAGAAUGCGUCAAACUGCACCUGGAAGCCUGUAAAGAAGACCAUAAAAGGUAAAAAAGAUAAUCUCGGAAUCACCAGAAUGAUCUAACCCUCCCAUCCCAGAGACUAAUGAUGGGAGUUUUGCGAAAGUCCUCCAAAAACUCUCACGCCACAGGACACGAGAAUGUGUUCUGUUCUAGUACACCGCGCAGCUUUGCACCUCAUUUUGUAAUGUGAUUCAUAUGUCCAGCACCUUCAGACAUAUGCAUCAUGUUCUAAACAAAUGCUAGAGGGCAUCACGGCAUGCAUUCUUUUCCUUCUCGAGACAGAAUUGCAAACAUUUCAGCACUGUACCCAUAAUAUUGUGCGUCUUCCGACAGACUGUUCCUCCUCCCGCAACGUCCUGUGGAUUCUCCACACUAGCGGUCACAGAGCAAGAAGAAAGCAAUUCACAUUUCAAAGGGAAGUCAGUCUUGUGUCAUCCGUCUUCUCUGUGAGUUCUCUUCAUGCAUGAGGCUUGGUCGUCUUAGGCCCUUGAUGUUUGUACCCCUCUUCUGACAAACUGCAUACAAUGUUGAAACAUUCACUGUUGCCAGUGGCCCCUUAUUUUAAGUGAUACUGUUUUUUUUUUCCUCAAUCAUUUCUUCUGUUCUGUUUUAAUUCAGCCUUUUAUUCAUGAACUGUUGUGUUAAAGUUUUAUUUUAUAAUGCACAAUAUAUUGUUCAUAUAAUGGUAAUUAUUUGUUUGUUUCUGUUGUUACAAUUGUAAAAAUGUACAAAAAUGUGUACAUUUAUCACAAGAUGUCCAUGGAUUACCAAAGUUAUGCACCCUGAUUUGACAAGGUGGCCCAAACCUAUUUUGACAAGCCCAUUUUUAAAUUGUUACCCAUAGAAUUUAAUCAAAUGUAUAGUGUUUCACUUUUAGCAAUUUGUUUACAUGUAAUAUCAUAGUUAUUACACAGCAAACAAUGAAGAAAGUGUUAGAAUGUUAUAUAUUUAUAGAUUUUUACUUUUUAAUUCAAUUAUAUAAUGAAGAUAUAUAUUAUCUCAAUACCCAUCAAUGCAUUCAAUUCUUACAGAAAAUGUACAUUUCAGUAAAAAUCCAAUCAAACUUUUAUAUCAGCAGCUUAGUGAAGGUUAACAACGUUCAUGUGUACAAGAUGGAUUUUCUAUAAGAUUUCUUUGUUUUUGUUUU